AACUAUGGCAUCAAAAGGAGCGCGCAUGCUCAGUACUGCCUUUGUGUGGCUGACUGCAGAGCCAACUAGCUAGGUAGCAGCAGCGGCUAGCUUCAAACAUUGAGACGACACAGAGGUAGCUAGCAGGUUAGCCGUGCAGCUAAUCAUGGUGAAUGUAAAGAAGCGGAAAGGUCGGGUCGUGAUUGACUCUGACUCCGAAGACAGUGCUAGCGACGAUAAUUUAGAUCAGGAGCUGUUGUCUUUGGCAAAGAGGAAGAGGGUCGAUUCGGGUGAGCAGGAAGAGCCAGUUAGCAAACCUGCAGCUUCUACAGACUCAGAGACAUCCGAUAGUGACGAUGAGUGGACUGUGGGUGGCACAAAAGGCAAAAAGAAGGUUAAGCAAGGGAAAGGGUCUGAGAAGAAGAAUGCUACAAAGAAGAAGGUUAAUAAAGCAACGGCAUCUGGCAGCUCAGAUGGAGACAGCUCAGCUGAGAGCUCUGCACCAGAGGAAGGUGAGGUGUCCGAUUCGGAGAGCAACAGUUCGUCCUCCAGCUCUGACUCGGACUCCUCUGAGGACGAGGUGUUCAGGGACGGGUACGAUGACGACUUGAUGGGAGACGCGGAGGACAGAGCUCGGCUGGAGCAGAUGACCGAGAAGGAGAGAGAGCAAGAGCUGUUCAACAGAAUUGAGAAACGAGAGGUGCUAAAGAGACGUUUUGAAAUUAAGAAGAAGCUGAAGACGGCAAAGAAGAAGGAGAAAGAGGAAAAGAAAAAGAAACAGGAGGAAGAGCAAGAAAAAAGGAAGCUAUCUCAGGUUCAAGACACGCAAGUGGUCAUGUCACACAACAAAGAGAGACGAUCAAAACGUGAUGAAAAACUUGACAAAAAGUCCCAGGCCAUGGAAGAACUAAAAGCUGAACGUGAGAAAAAGAAAAACAAAACAGCGGAGCUCCUGGCCAAACGCCAGCCCCUGAAGACGAGCGAGGUUUACUCUGACGAUGAGGAGGAAGAGGAAGAAGACGAUGACAAGUCAUCAGUCAAAAGCGAUCGGAGUUCGCGUUCAUCGUCUUAUGAUGAUGACGAAAAAGAAGAAACCCCCCCGAAGUCGCAGCCUGUUUCACUACCAGAUGAGCUGAACAGGGUCCGUCUGUCCAGACACAAGCUGGAGCGCUGGUGCCACAUGCCCUUCUUUGCGAAGACUGUGACCGGCUGCUUUGUGAGGAUAGGGAUUGGCAACAGCAGCAGCAAACCAGUUUACAGGGUUGCUGAAAUUGUCGAUGUGGUAGAGACAGCGAAGGUUUACCAACUUGGAACAACGCGAACAAACAAGGGAUUACAAUUAAGGCAUGGCGGUGAUACACGGGUGUUCAGGCUUGAGUUUGUUUCCAAUCAGGAGUUCACAGAAAAUGAGUUCAUGAAGUGGAAAGAGGCGAUGAUAGUUGCUGGAAUGCAAGUACCAACUCUUGACGAAAUCACCAAAAAGGAGCAGUCAAUCAAAGAAGCUCUGAACUAUAAGUUCAACGACAAAGACAUAGAGGAUAUUGUUAAAGAGAAGGACCGAUUCCGAAAAGCGCCACCGAAUUAUGCCAUGAAGAAGACGCAGUUACUCAAAGAUAAGGCCAUGGCAGAGGAGAGUGGAGAUGGAGACAAAGUGAAAGUGAUCCAGGAUGAGCUGAAUGAGCUCGAGGAAAGGGCAGAAGCACUUGACAGACAGAGGACCAAGAACAUCUCUGCUAUCAGCUACAUCAAUCAGAGGAACAGAAGCUGGAACAUUGUUGAAUCUGAGAAAGCUCUUGUGGCUGAAGGACAAAAUGCCAAAAACCAACAAAUGGAUCCUUUCACAAGAAGACAGUGCAAACCCACCAUGGUGUCUAAUGCCAGAGACCCCUCAGUCCACGCAGCUAUUCUUGCUCACCUGAACCAGAAGUACGGCUCUGGGUCAACGCCCGAUCCUUCUGGCGCAGAGAAGAACAAACUGGGUCAAGCAAACCCAAAAGACAAAGAUAUCCCCAAGCCAACCACUGACCUCUCAGAAGAUUUGUUUAAAGUUCACGAUUUUGACGUUAAGAUUGACCUUCAGGUUCCCAAUGCAGAGGCAAAGUCUCUGUCCGUAAGCUCCAACGCGCUGCCAGUGAAGGACGGCGCACCCCGCAGGUCCCUCAACCUGGAGGACUACAAGAAGAGGAGGGGGCUGAUCUGAUGCGGCCAGUCCAUCAUUCAGACACCACAUUGCAUGUGUAACUGGCUGUGCAGGAGAGUGUAUGUGAGUGUGGGUGAGCGAGUGAGAGUGUGUGUGAAUGACUCCCAGAGGACAUGUGUUUGAAUGUUGAUACAACAGACUGUUUAUCUGAACACAGAGGAAAUACUGAUUGAGCAAAGACAACAUUUUUCUCAAAGGAAUCUCUCUUGGAAGAAAUUAGUCCAGAUUUUUGUUUUGUUAUUUUUGCAUUAUCACACACAAACUCGUAUAUUGAAUUGUGUGUUGUUUUUUUAUGUAUUUAACUUCCCCGUCUAUUGGAUCUUCUGGAGUCCACUGCUUUUUUUGUCUAUAUAUUUUUUUUUUUUUAAAGGACGUGGCGCUUGUGGAUUAUUACCUUGACAAGGACACUAUUUUAGAAGACUUAGAUUGUUGAGGCGUUUUGAAAUUACUGGACUGGAUACCUAAUGGCGCAGACAAGCCUGUCCUCACCAACAAUGAAUUACUGUUGUAAAUCACCCCCUCCCCAAAUGUGUGAUCAUCUGCCCUUGCAGUCCAUUCUGAAUUUUAACAGCCUCGUGGUUUUUUUUCGCGAAGUGUAGAUUUUUACCACCUCAGACUUUACCUUGACUUCGGCACUCCGUGACAAUUGUGAAAAGUUCAGUACAAGUGUACUGGAUAAUUAUCACUUUUUAAGUCUUUGAAACAACCCGAUUUAACAGGGAACCAUUUUCUAUGGCUGUCCUGGUUAUUAAAGUGUUCAUCUUUAAUUUCUGUUAUCUCUUGGUUGGUUAUUCAUGGGACAACUCCCCUGCCCUUAACUCCCAGAGCAGAUUCUAUGUGUUAUCGAUUGUGUCCAUAGUCAGUUCCUUUUAUUGAUGUGGCAUGCCAUGUAAAUAUGCAUUUUGGAGUGAGUGCGAAAAAAAUAAAAUAAAGAGGCACUGUUUCAUAA